AUGUUCUCUGUUACUUUUCCAACCAUUUCAGUAUGUGAUUUGUCAAGUAAUCGUUACGCAGACCAAUUGUAUGAGGAUUUAUUGUAUUUCUACAACAAAAGUGUAAGACCUGUACGGAAUGCAAGCAAUGCUGUACAAGUUAAAUUUGGUGCUUCAUUGAUUCGAAUUAUCGAUGUGGUUAGUUUUUGUAACUGUAGAAUGAUAAUUUGA